AUGGCCGUGCCUUUUGGAUUAUCGACGACGCUAUACAUCACACUGGUCGACGGACAAAGCGUAACGAUUCUCUGGGGCUGGGUUUUUGUCUCGUUGAUUUCGCUAUCGAUUGCUGCGUCUCUGGCUGAGAUUUGCGCCGUCUAUCCUACUGCUGGCGGAGUGUAUUACUGGAGCGCCAUGAUGUCGACUAAGAAAUACGCGCCGAUCGCUUCUUGGACAACGGGCUGGUUCAAUCUAGUUGGAAACUGGACGGUCACCCUUAGCAUCAACUUUUCCGGCGCUCAGCUUAUUCUCAGUGCAAUCUCCCUUUUCAACGAAGAUUUUGUCGCGAAUGCAUGGCAGACUGUGCUGAUGUUCUGGGCUGUUAUGCUGGUAUGCUUUCUUGUCAACGCUUUCGGAUCCGCAUACCUGGACCUUUUCAAUAAGAUAUGCAUCUACUGGACUGCGAGUUCCGUCCUGAUCAUCUUGAUAACACUGGUCGCCAUGGCCGAUAACUAUCGCUCCGCUGAAUUCGUCUUCGCACACUUUGACGCCAGUCAAUCCGGCUGGCCGGAUGGCUGGGCUUUCUUCGUCGGACUGUUACAGGCUGCAUACACCUUGACAGGUUACGGAUUAGUAGCAUCGAUGUGCGAAGAAGUGCAGAACCCCGCGCGAGAGGUUCCAAAGGCCAUGGUCCUGUCUGUCGCCGCUGCAGGCCUGACUGGACUGAUCUACUUGAUCCCUCUCCUGUUCGUGCUCCCGGAUAUCAUGGCACUGCAGGCAGUGGCCAGCGGACAACCCAUUGGUACGCUUUUCAAGCUUGUGACAGGCUCCAAAGCAGGCGGGUUUGGUCUGCUGUUCUUGAUCCUAGGAAUCUGGUUCUUCGCAGGCGUCGGUGCUUUGACCGCCUCAAGUCGCUGUACAUACGCAUUUGCUCGCGACGGAGCCAUUCCAGGAAGCCGAUGGUUCGGAACGACCAACGCCAAGCUGGACAUUCCUCUCUGGGGCCUAGUCCUUUCGACGGUUGUGGAUUGCUUGCUUGGGUUGAUCUACUUUGGCUCUACAGCAGCCUUCGGCAGUUUCACUGGCGUCGCCACGAUUUGUCUGUCUUGUGGCUAUGGUCUCCCCAUUUUGGUUUCUGUGCUUCGGAAACGCAAGAUGGUGAAGCACUCUGCAUUCCCGCUGGGAAAGUUUGGCUACGCGAUAAACAUCGCCUGUCUUACCUGGAUCGUAUUAGCAGUCGUGAUUUUCUGUAUGCCGGUCAGUCUACCGGUUACAGCCAGCUCCAUGAAUUACGCUUCAGUAGUAUUCAUGGGUUUCGCGGCGAUCAGUCUUGGAUGGUAUUUCAUUAGGGGAAGGAAGACGUUUACUGGACCUCCAGUGGCGGCAGACGCUGAUCCAACUCUUGAGGGUAAGCCUCAUCCGGUCGACGGGGAUGGUGAGCUUGGAUAUGAUGUUGACGAGCCUUUGAAAGUGUCGAGCCACAGCGACAGCGGGGCAAAGUAUAGCUGA